CCUAACCUAACAUGAGAGAAAGUGUUAACUUAAAAUAAGUGUAUUCAUUAUUAAUAAAGUUAUUUUAGUUUAAUACAUCCGUGUGUUUAUAAAUUCACAACAGAACUAACUCCAAACAAAAAAGCUUCCGAGCAAGAAUCUCGCGCAGGAUGGAUAUUUACGACUUAGCCUGGGAAAGGAGUUAAGACGCGUUAAUUCACUCUCGAUGACGCUAUGACUUGUUCGUUGGAAUAGAACAUUUUAAGACGCUUAUCAAUCUUUACGGAGCUAGGUUGCGAAGAUGCGACUCUUGAUAUUAAAGCAUUAAUCUAACGUCUAUCAAAGUACUUAAUGGAAAAUAUUGACAUUUAGUAAGAACAUAAAAACCACGCCGUCACUUUACACUUAACGUAAAAAUACUUGGGGUUCGCUUAGAAGUACCUAAAUAUAAAAAUUCAUUUAUAAGUAUCUUUUCAGACAAACCAAUAGUAAGAAAUAUUGAAAAAUACAUCUUUGCCAUCUGUGGUCUGUGCCACUAACCUCUGAAUUUUGUAAUAAUUACCUGAGUGUGAAAAUUAUUAGUAUUCAUUACCAUAAAAUAUAUCCUUAGGUGGAAAUAUUUUGCACAAAUUUCAAGUUGUAAUCAUUGGAAGCUUUUAAAUAAGGCGAAAUAUUGCCUGCGCUGUUAAUAUUUCAUCCAUUAUUUAAGAAUGACUGAGAGAGCUAAAAUAUUACUUUGCGGAGACGUGGAGGGUAAUUUUGACACUUUAUGUAAAAGAGUUGAAAUCGUUAACAAAAAAACAGGACCUUUUGACCUGGUACUUUGCGUGGGGAACUUUUUUGGAAUUAAUAAUCAAGACUUUAUUCCCUAUAAAAUGGGGGAGAAAAAAGUGCCACUUGCCACAUAUAUUUUGGGGCCUAAUUAUGACUAUCAUGUUAAGGAAUAUCAAAAUGAACAAUACGAAUUGUGUGAAAAUGUCUAUCACUUAGGUAAAAGAGGUAUCUAUACUGAUAGUAAAGGUGUGCGAAUUGCUUACAUUAGUGGAAUUGCAAGUUUAACAGAAUCAGGACCAUGGACCUAUAAUUUUCAAGAUGUUAGGGAAUUAUGUGAUUUACCUCUAAGAGGGAAUACUGGAUUUAGAGGUGUAGACAUUUUAGUUAGUUCCCAGUGGCCCAAAGAUAUUGUGCAAAAGGAUCAUUUUGUUUCAAAAUUUCAGCAUGAGUAUGUAAGCUACUUGUGUAUGAAAUUAAAGCCUCGCUAUGUUGUUAGUGGAUUGGAAGGGGUUUAUUAUGAAAGACCACCAUUCAGAUGUCCCAGUACAUUAGAGAGUGGCACAGCUUUGGAGAUAGUAACUCGCUUUUUAGGGUUGGCAAGGGUAGGGAAUCCAAAGAAAGAAAAAUGGUUGUAUGCUCUUAGUCUAACUCCCUUAGACAAAAUGAAAUUAUCUGAAUUAAUUCAAAAAACUACAGAUGAAACACCAUGCCCAUUUGAUUUUUCCAGGUUGGAGGCACAGGUAUGUAGCACCAACAACAUUAAACGGUCCAUGCCCAAGCAAUACUUUUAUGAUGUCAAUACACUUCUUAAUGAUGACAUAGUCAUACUAAAAGGGCAAAAGAGGCAAAAGAUUGAUUUUGACCAAAGUAAAUGCUGGUUUUGUUUAGCUAGCCCUUCAUUUGAGAAACAUUUGGUUGUUACUGUUGGAGAAAGUUGUUAUCUUUCGAUGGCGAAAGGUGGGUUAGUUGACGAGCACUUGCUUAUUUGUCCAAUUGAACAUUUCCAAAGUAGUUUAAGCUGUUCUGAAGAUAUACAAAGAGAAAUGAUUCACUUUAAAGAAGCUCUACGGAAAUUUUAUGAGAGAAAAGACCAAGUACCUAUAUUCUCAGAGAGAAAUUAUAAAACGUCCCAUAUGCAACUUCAAGUUAUUCCAAUUCCAAGAAAAGCUACCAAUGAAUUGCAAGAUAUUUUUAUUGAGGAGUCAGAAGUUCAAGGUUUUAAGUUAGAGGAACUAGGACCCAAUAGUCGUUUUCACCAAGUCAUGCCACCAAAAAUUCCUUUUUUUUCUGUUGAAUUGCCUAACAAAUUGAUUCUGUACACUAAAAUUCAAGGCUCUGUGAAUUUUCCUUUAAAUUUUAAGAAAAUGUGGAGAAGGAGUUGGUUCAAAGAAUAAGAGUGGAUUUUGAACCAUUUGACUUUACAACUUAGUAAGAUUUUAUAGAUAAUUUUAUAAAUGAAAAAAUUCAACUGUGCUCUGCAAUAUGACUAUGCCUUGUUGAACAAAGUUAUUCGAUGUUGCUGCUAUUUUGUUAAGGUAGGAUCAUAUUUUAUUUUCUGGGUUAUAUAUUCAUAUUUACUUAACAGAGAACCAAAAAUGCCAAAUAGAAAAAUUAUAGGACAUUUUAAAUUAGUUUGCUUCUAUGAGGGUAUGUUAUUAAUUAAAAACAUUUUAACACAACAUUUUUAUUAAUCUUUCUUAUACUAAACAUAUUUCUCACAAUAAUAAAACGAGUAAUGCUUAAAAAUGCCGUGAUUCAAAUCAUUUAGUGUUAGCCAACGGAUGACACUACUUAGUAUUUACUAGGAAUUCUUAACCUGUAAUACAAAAAUGUUUUUUUAAGUCUCUGUCAUUUAGCACUUCAUAUUCUUUGUAUUAUCGUUUGUUUUAUAUUAUAUACAAAUAGAGCAAGAUGUAAAAUCACGUGAAUCUAAGAGUAACUGGGAAAAAUUCAAGUAUGACUUUCUUUAUUUUUUAAUUUUAAUAAAUAACUUGCAAAUAGUAUUCAGUUUUUGUUGCUUUGACUAAAUGCUAACAAAAGAAAGGCUAACUAUUUUCUGUUAAUUAAUACAUAAAGACCCUAUAAAAUCUAUUGACACUGUUUCUCUAUACGUUUUCCUUCAUUUGCCACAAGUUUGGUUUAUCGAUUAAAGAAGCGUUCAAUAAAAUUGUGUUUAACAUUUUGCUUGUUGUCAGUGCGUUAUAAAAACAAAAGCUUUAAAAUAUCUGAAAAUUAAGACAUAAUUAUCUUUAACAGUUUCACUAAUAAAUUCGACAUGUGAGGGCUACAAAUCAAACUGUAACUGGAACUAGAACCGAAAAUAGUCCCAGACCACGUUAAGAAGAAAAUAAUGGAUAAACAAUAAUAACUAAAAUAUCUGCUACGCGUUCGCAUAGGUACCUUUCAAGAAUAUAAUAAUCAAGGAUAGCUAAAAAAACUUUCUAUAAAUUGGCUUCAGACUUUGGCUCUAUUACACAUUAAGAGAAAUCUAAUACAUUUAACAUAUUUGGCUUUUUUGGGGUCAAAACUCGUCAUUACAACUAACAAAUGUUAAAAAUGAUAGUAAUAAACAAUGAAAAUAGACAUUAGUGUUUACUUGUUUAAUGAGAGAAUGGAGAAAGAGAAAUGGAAAGAAGCUUUUAAGGUCAUAACUCCAUCAUCUUUUCAUAUAUUCUAUAAUAUCGUUUUUUAAACCUAUUUGAUACAAAACUAUAAAAAUAAAAAAUUGACUAUAUAGUAUGUUGUAGAUUAUGGAACACAUCAGAAGCAAAUAAAAUAUGUAUUUAUAGUUUUAUGAAUUUCUAUUCGUUAUAUAAUAUUUAUUUUAUAAUCAGUUUUAUAUUCGGGAUUAAGCAAAUAAAGUGUGUCUCAUAUAUUAAUUCAUAGUUGGUGUAUGUUUUAUUUAUUUUUCAUGUAUAUGUAUGUAUGUAUGUCAUGUGUGUCUAGGUAAUAAAGAAAAUUGUACGCGUUUUUCUCUAAAAAAAUCUCGCAAUGCACAAAUUCUUAUUUGUCGACGGGAAAAAACGACGUAGGCAGGAUAUUUUGAGGGUGUGAAACUGAAAGUAUAAUUAGAAUUGUC